AAAGAUGAAAGAUCCCUUCGGACCCUUCGCCAUUCCUAAUCCUUACCCUUUAAAAGCACCGGAUAAUCCUCUUUCACCCCCGCACAACUUGUCUAACUCCUUGUGACCUUGUCUCUUCCAAUCAUGCCGGCCUCGUCGUCGCCGGCGACAUCUUCCUCCGAUUCAUCAUCGGCAACAUCCUCUUCGUCUUCCGACAAAGAUAGGAGUCGCCGCCAUCGCCGCCGCCGCAGUAAAAGCAGCAACCGCCAUCGCGAGUCCCUCAAGAUCCGCAAGCCCAAAUCUCAUUCCAAGUCCAAACGCCGUCGUCGUCGUCACUCUUCCUCCGAUUCUCUAUCAUCCGGUUCCUAUUCCUCAGACGAUUACAGCUCGUCUGAAAGUGAGCGUGAAACCUCAAGUCACUCAAGAAGACGCAAGCAUGAUGACAAGUCGAAGAAGAGUAAGGGGAAAGACAAGGAUAAGAGCCACCGCCAUAAGCGGCACAAGCACAGUAAAGAGAAAGGGCAGGAUGAGCGACGAAGUAAUGGCCCUGUGCAGCUGUCCAAGUAUUUAGGGCGAGACAAAGAUGAUGGUGUUCGUCGAAGUGUGGUAUCUGGAAAAAAGAUACAAAUGAAGCUUGAAAAAUCGAAGGAGGACAAGUUUGCUGAGAACAAGCGUAAUGAAUUGCUCAAGUUUCUGAAUGCCAGUUAUGAUUGAACUUUUGGGACUCUUUGAGGUCCAGCUUAAUGUCCAACUUUUAUUGCUCAUUUUAAAGCAUGCUAGCCCGCUAAGGUUGUUUUCAAGCAUAUGGAUGAUUCUCAAGUGCUCAAGCUCGUUCUCUAGCUAAGUGCGUAGUAUAUUUUUAGUAUGUUUUACUGAUUUUACCGUCUCUUGGUUGUUUUACUCUUUAGGUAUCUUAUAAGGAGUAGUGAAUACUCCUUUGAAUUUUGAUGGGUUUGCCUUUUGUUGUGCCGAGCUUUGGCAAUUUUUUUUUUUUGAUGGGAUUUCAUUGUUGGAACUAAGUUAAUUUGUAAUAUUAGUGUAUUUCGUAUUUGUUAUGCGGAUAUUUAUUUUUUGUGGUAUGUAUUGAAAUCUAGCACAUUUAAUGUUUA